UAAGCUUAAACCACAUAUAUUUUGAAGAGAAAAUGGGGCUAAGGGACAUAGGAGCAACACUGCCACCUGGGUUUAGGUUUUAUCCAAGCGACGAGGAGUUGGUUUGCCAUUAUCUCUUCAAAAAGAUUGCGAAUGAGGAAGCCUUGAAGGGAACUUUGGUCGAAAUCGAUUUGCAUACUUGCGAACCAUGGCAGCUUCCUGAGGUGGCAAAGCUAAACGCAAGCGAGUGGUAUUUCUUCAGUUUUCGAGAUAGGAAGUACGCAACAGGGUUUCGAACGAAUCGAGCAACGGUGUCCGGCUACUGGAAAGCGACCGGAAAGGAUCGGACGGUCAUCGACCCAACAACACAACAAGUAGUAGGGUUGAGAAAGACAUUAGUGUUUUACCUCAACCGAGCCCCGAAUGGAGUCAAAACCGGUUGGAUUAUGCAUGAAUUUCGUCUUGAAACCCCACAUAUGCCUCCCAAGGAAGACUGGGUUUUAUGUAGAGUUUUUCACAAGACUAGGGGAGACGAUAACAACAGUCCAACGAUGAUGUUGGAGACAUCCUCGUCUCACGGUCCUACUUCAACAGACCAAAAAAGCUUGCAUUGUGGGUAUCAACUUCAACAAAUAAGAAGCUCUUUACACUCCCCACACACCAAUCAAAGCCAAAGCCAAACCUUCCUAAGCCUGCUUCAAUGUAAUAACUCUCGGGAAAAGGACGACAACGAUUAUCGCUACGGCAAUGAAGUUAGGUCCAAAGUUGACGAUGAAUUCGAGUUCUUGUGGGACAUGGACAUGGAACAAAACAAUUUGGACGAUAUGGGGUUUGAAAUUGAUAACAAUGUAGUUUUCCUAUGAAAAAUUGUUGUACACUUUUGAAGGGGAAAAUAGAAGCCCGCUAUUUGUUCAUUUCUGAUGUUGGUGUGACGUUCGUCUUUAAGGACGCAAAUAGAAGAUUGUGUAAUUUGGU